UAUACUAAUUUAUUUUUAACCAAAACUUCGAAGGCAGGAGCAUUUCCUUGAUUCUACAAGGUUUAAACUUUUUACAAAAUUUUGAAGAAGAAUGGCUCGUACGAAGCAGACAGCACGUAAGUCAACCGGAGGAAAGGCACCACGAAAACAAUUGGCCACCAAAGCAGCAAGAAAGAGCGCUCCAUCGACAGGAGGAGUCAAAAAACCUCAUCGUUACAGGCCAGGAACAGUCGCUCUUCGUGAGAUUCGUCGUUAUCAGAAGUCAACCGAACUGUUGAUCAGAAAAUUACCGUUCCAGCGUCUGGUCAGAGAAAUCGCACAGGACUUUAAGACAGAUCUACGCUUCCAGAGUGCUGCUAUUGGGGCCUUACAAGAAGCGGCCGAAGCUUAUUUGGUUGGGUUAUUUGAAGACACAAAUCUCUGCGCCAUCCACGCCAAGCGAGUAACGAUUAUGCCAAAGGACAUUCAACUCGCCAGAAGAAUCCGAGGAGAACGUGCUUAGAAACAUCUACACCUAGAAAACUGUUUUUUAGUAUAGUGACUUUAAUUUAUCUGUUAUAUUGAAAACUAACCUGGAGCCGUUUGUAUAUUACGAGAAUUAAAAAGGAGCGCCAAAAUGGAAAAUACUUAACGAUGCUAUUUGGAUGGCCGUUGAUCUUGGAAGAUUUUUCUACUAUUUUUCGCUUAUACUUACACAAACCUUACUGAAAUCUAAAAUUGGUCGACGCCUUUCUAUUAAGUUAAUGUUAAAAAUGAAAAACUUUUGAUUUUUGUAUAGUUGUUUAAAAGAGCAACGAUUUUAGAGCUUUUUUUUCUGGUAUAGGAAGUUCCAAUAUGGCGUCGCCCAAGUCUUUGUUUGAAUCAUCUACAAAGAACGCGUUGGUGAGUCUUCUGUUGAAUUUCCACCAACUUCGGCGUCAAAACUGUAUAUCAGCAUUUUUUUAUGUUCUAUUAUGUUAUUUUUUCAGAUCCAUGCAUGAACUUUUAAGUUUUCUACUUUGAAUCUUUAAAUUUCACGACUAGAUAAACGAAAACUAAGAAUAUAACUGCGUGCUUGUAUAAAUCACACACUGUAGCUUAUAAUCGUCAUUUUAUCUAUAGAGACCAAGUAAUUUAACAAUGUAUAGUAAAAAUCAAGAUACUUGGAAUAA